UCUUUUCUUUUUUCUUUUUUUUUUAAGGUAGAAGUUGAAAUCCAGGAUUUAUUUAUAUAUGAGUACACUGUAACUGUCUUCAGACACACCAGAAGAGGACAUCAGAUCCCAUUACAGAUGGUUGUGAGCCACCAUGUGAUUGCCGGGAUUUGAACUCAGGACCUCUGGAAGAGCAGUCAGUGCUCUUAACCACUGAGUCACCUCUCCAGACCCCGAACUUUAUUAUCUUAAUGGGCAUCUUCCCUGGAAGCAUUAGGAAUAUAGGAACAACAUGAAUGGCUACAGAUCUUGAAUUAAAACCAUGGGUGCCAAAAUAAAGUGGCCCACUCUAAAAAAUUAAGAGGAAACCUAUACUUCUAUAUGCACAAAAAAGAAAUCCCAAGAUAAUGAAAUAAAGGUAUUUUCAGAUUAAAGAAAACCAAGACUAUACAGCUAGUGGACUCCUAUGAAACACAGGAAGGAACAUGUCAAGGAAACUGAGAUCCACGGAGUUGAUGAAACAACGAUGAGAAGAGAACUAUCCUGGUAAAUAUCAUUUAGAGAUGAAUUCUUUUUUAAAAUGAUGGGCAACCGAAGCAGACACAGUGAUACAUCACUAUACUUCUAGCCCUUGUGAGGCUACCAGGAACACUGUAGGUUCCAGGUUAGCCUAGGCCACACAGCAGCAAAACGGGGGAGACGUUUUAUAAUUGAAUGGAGAGAUUAUUCUGUGGUAGGUUCUUUGAGUAUCUCUGUGUUGAUACUUAAGAUAGACUGCAAUAUAAAGGAAGUGGUAAACGGAGCUACAGGGUGGUAAGAGUGCUGCUAUAUCUCACAUUAACCAACACAAUAUUGAACUAAAUACUUAGGAAUAUUAAUAGUUUGUAUGUAUACUCUCAGGAAACCGUGUGAGUACUGGGUAAUAAAGGGUUAAAUAUAUAGCGUUAUCAAUUUAAAGGGGGAGGGUGUAGUGGUGUGGCUAAAUGGCACGCACCACUUAGCACACAUGAGGCCAUGAGUUCUGUUACCAUUACCAAAAAAAAAAAAAAAGAAAGAAAGAAAACAUAAUAAAAUGGAACACAGCAAAAUGUUCAACUUCCCCCAAAGAAUGCGGAAGGGGGGCACAGAGACCAGAUAAAAAGGGAAUAAAGAGAACAUAAUGUUCAAACAGCAGCACUAACCCAAACCAAACAAUAGUUACAAACCGCUAAACAAGAAGGUAAGGUUUUUAUUUUCUAUAAAAGGCCAAGUAGUAAAUCUUCCAGGCUUUGAAGUCAUACAUGCUGUCACAGCCACCGAAUUCUUCCACCGAAGAACAAAGAAACAGGCGCCCUGUGCUCUCACAGAAACUCAGUCACAGGAACAGAAGUGGGCUGGACACAGUCCGCAACCAUCGCGCUGCUUAGUCUAAACCCAGCUAAGAGGCGGGGUCUGAUGCGCUAGCUGACCAAGCGUAGACUAUGCACUGAAACCGACUGCGAAAAGUAAUGUAAACUACAAGCCAGGUAAAACUACAAGGGAGAAGGCAUUUGGCACAAAGAAAAGAGCUGGAACCGUAAAGGGACUCACCUGGAAACACUUUCUCAAACAUAGCAAGGAGCAACGUUUAUCGUGGGCACCCUGCAGGGUUCUCAAGUCGAUACAGGCCAAUUUAUAAUCAAAACGACCAAACGAGCUCGUGCCAGGACUGAGACAUUGGUUUAGUAUUUAAGUCACUCAAGUAUAUCCGCCAUAUUAACAGACUGGGACGGUUAAUUCUCCGUAUCAGUGUGACUAGAUUUAGAAUCUCCAUGGACACAGACCUCCAGGCAUGUGCUUGACACCAACCUCUGGGCAGAAUAAAAAGAACGGGAGCAAAGCACCUUCCAUUCCUGUCUCUGCUUCCUGCCGGCGCAAUGUGAGCAUGCGCCUCAGCUCCUGACGCCAUAUCUGUGCUUGCCAGCGGAGCCAAAAUAACCCUUUCCUUCCUAAAGCUGCCUUAUCCAGGCAUCUGGUCACAGCAGCAGAAACUCACACGGCCCAAGGAAGCAACCUCACGUGGAUUAGCAAAAGACAUCAGAAAUAAACACGGAUGCACAAUAAAAUUCCUAACAAGCUAGGGAGAGACAGCGGCUUCCUCGGUCAGUUAAAGUCAAUGUAAAAGCAUCUACAGUGAUGAGAAAGUCAUGAAUCUCUCUCAUAAUAGGACUAAGAGAAAUAUAGUCAUACCUCAGUAUCUGAGGGAGUUUCCCCAGUCCACAGGUGUUGAACCUGAGUGCAUAAAAUGACGUUAUACGUGCAUGUGACUCGUGCAUAAUUCUUACGUGCGCCUGUGACCCGUGCAUAUUCUCUUGAGCACCCUAAAUCAUCUCUAGUUGUCUCACAGUAUCAGACACUUGGGGACGUUCUUGCAUCCUCUUCUUAGGGAGCAGUAACAGAAAGCCUGAGAGCUGCUCAGUACAAAAGCAGCUUUUAUUUUAUCUUUUUCAAAUGCAGUCUAUGCAGUCUAUCUAAGGAUACGGAAGUCUGGCUAUGUGUUCUUUAGGGUGCAUAUUCAGAGGGUGUAACUCCAAUACAAAGCAAAGGAUUGCACUGUACCCAUGCCAGGAUAAGGAAAGGAACUGUAGUUUUGAAGAGGGAAACGAGGUGUGUGGGUAAGGGCCAUCAUUUGUUUCUCACCCUAAAACUCGUAAUUUCUUGGACGGAGUCUCCGUCAGGGUCACUGUUUGCGGGGAAAGGGUUUGGGCUUCCACCUCAUUGCUCACCAUCAAAGUAUGUCAAGACAGGAACUCAAGCAGGACAGGAACCUGGAGGCAGGAGCUGAUGCAGAGGCCAUGGAGGGGUGCUUCUUACUGCUUGCUCCCUGUGUCUUGCUCAGCCUGCUUCCUUAUAGAAUCCAGACCACCAGCCCAGGGAUGGCACCACCCACCAUGUGUUCGGCCUUUGCAGUCAGUCACUAAUUAAGAGAAUGUCUUACAGGUUGGCCUGAAGUCUGAUCUUACAGAGACAUUUACUUAAUAGAGGUUCCCGCCUCUCAAGUGACUUUAGCCUGUGUCCAGAUGGCAUAAAACUGUCCGUCACAGAUAGGCACACCACAGUGACUUGUUAAGUUGUAUGUUAUGUUGGUUUUAUGUGUUUCCCUACAUUCCUGUUACACGUCACAUUUAAAAAAAAACUGAAGGGAAAGGAAGUUAUGUGUUUUAUUUUGUUGUUGGUUUUUUUGUUUUUUGGGUUUUUUUUUUUUUUUUUUUUUUUUGUCUCUGUGGUGUUGGGGACCAAAUCCAGUGACCUGUGACUGGUAGGAAGGUAUUCUAUUAAACUAUGACCCAAUCCAUAUUUAAAAAUUUUUAAAGUUAGUUUUGCUAGAAGGGAUAAUUUAGGACUAGAGAGGUGCCUCAUCGGUUAAGAGCACAGGCUGCUCUUCCAGAGGUCCUGGGUUCAGUUCCUACAUAGCAGCUCAUAACCAUGCAUAACUCCAGUCCUGGAAGAUCCCUCACCCCUUUUCUACCACUGCAGAUGGGGGUAUAUGCAUACAUGUGGUAGACAAAUGUACAUUCAGACAAAACACCCACACAUGUAAAAAUAAAUAGCUUUAAAAAAUGGUUUGGGGACCUGGAGAGAUGGCUCAACAGUUAAGAGCACUGACUGCUCUUCCAGAGGUCCUAAAUUUGAAUCCCAGAAACCACACGGUGGCUCACAACCAUGUAUAAUGGGAUCUGAUGCCCUUUUCUGUCAUGCAGGCUUAUAGAGCACUUAUAUACAUCAAUCAAUCAAUCUUUUAAAAAGAGGCUUGGCCUCUUACUUCUCAUAAUUUCUCACAUUUCAAUAUUAAACUCUAAGUACUACACAGAGUGGUGAACUCCUCUCAAGGUCUUUUAGUCUAGUGGAACAAAGACCAUGGUUCACCUGCUCAGCAAAGGGGAGGAGUUUUAGCUUUCUUAUCUGUGUGGUGAGACUCAGGCUAGCGAAUGGUCCUCCCAGUCUGUGUAAGUCAACUGUCAAUUACUAUAUAACAAGAUUUGAAAUAACUAACUUUCCAGAGACUAGGUUUAUUUUGGCUUAAAGUUCUAGACACUAUGUAUGUUAUUUCCAUCAACCUGACACAAACUAGAGUCAUCUGGGAGGAGGGACUAUCAGUUGAGAAAUUACCUCCAUCGUUCUGGCCUGUGGGCAUGUGGGGGGGCACUUUAUUGAUUUAUGACUCAUAUGGGCGGGUCCAGCCCACUCUGGGUGAUACCAUCCCCUAGCAAUCUUGGGCAGUAUAAGAAAGCAGGCUGAGCAAGACUCAGAAGGUGAGCCAGUAAGCAAUGGUCCCUCCAGGUUCCUGCCUUGGAUUCCCAUCUUGGAUUCUGUCAAUGGUGCGUUUUCGUCUCUGAAGUGGAAAUGUCUUGGUUUCUUUGGAAAGUUAGUUAUUCCAAAUGAUCCUUCACUGGGGCGCACAGGUGAAAGGAUGUCUCGCUAAAGCAGACACAGGAAGGAAUUGUCUUCCUGAAGCAGACGCUGCCUCAAGGCAGCUGCUGAACCUUGCAGUUUCUUCAGGAUUGAAACUGUAGCUGCUGGUUCAUGCCUGGUGUCUGCCUGCCUAGAGGACUGGUCCGUAGCUGCAGAAUUGUAUUUGGUGUUGGCUACGGGACUGAACUGCUACUGAAGGAGAAUGAGCUCGCCCCCAAAGAACUAUUGCUGAACAGGUCCACUUCCCCCACAUCCUAAUAACUUUUCUCUUCCACUACCUCUGCUAGGUGGUGGGCUAGAGGAGAGGUUGAAUCCUUAUUCAAAUUUGUGCCAUAAAAAAUUAUGCCUACUUUUCCGCCCGCUCUCCCCUCCCCCCGAGCGCCACUCCCGCUGCACUGCGUUCGCUCCGCGCUGUCAGGCUAGCGCCACUGUCUCCAGCCGUCACCAUGAUCAUCUACCGGGACCUCAUCAGCCAUGACGAGCUGUUCUCCAACAUCUACAAGAUCCGGGAGAUCGCGGACAGGCCGUGUCUGGAGGUGGAGGGCAAGAUGGUCAGUAGAACAGAGGGUGCCAUCGAUGAUUCACUCAUUGGUGGAAAUGCUCCCGCUGAAGGUCCGGAGGGCGGCCGUACCGAAAGCACAGUAGUCACCGGUGUUGACAUUGUCCUGAACCAUCACUUACAAGAAACCAGCUUCACAAAAGAGGCCUACAAAAAGUACAUCAAAGACUACAUGAAAUCACUCAAGGGCAAACUUGAAGAACAGAAACCAGAAAGGGUAAAGCCUUUUAUGACUGGAGCUGCAGAGAAAAUUAAGCGCAUCCUAGCUAAUUUCAAUAACUACCAGUUUUUUAUCGGUGAAAACAUGAAUCCAGAUGGCAUGGUUGCUCUCCUGGAGUACCCUGAAGAUGGUGUGACUCCAUUCAUGAUUUUCUUUAAGGAUGGCUUAGAGAUGGAAAAAUGUUAACAAAUUGGAUCUAUCGCCUGCCACCCAUAAUUGGCUGCUGCUUACCAUCCAUACAACACCAGGACUUAGGACAAAUGGGACUGAUGUCAUCUUGAGCUUUUAUUUUGACCGUGACUUAUUUGGAGUGGAGGCCCUUUUUUUUUUUAAAGAAAAAAAAAACAUGUCAUGCGGGUUGUCUAAAAAUAAAGUGCAUUUAAAUUCA